UGAUGAGGCUCUCAUCUUUAUUAAAGUUUUUGAUAACUGGAAAAUUACUUGGAGGAGUGAAUUACCAACGUUCAAUUAUUAUUUGUCCAAGAAAAUUAAUUUGUUCCAGGUUCCCUAGCUCGCUAUAUGCAUAAACAUAAUAUUUUAUCUUCUUCUUCAUCACUUCAUUCAGUAUCAUAUAUCUCAGAUUUGUAAUUACAGAUGUCUGUACCAAAAUGGGAGGAUUUGAACAUGGACUGUUUGGUGAAUGUGCUUACAAGAGUGGGGAUAGAGUCACUACUAUUGGGCGCUCCCUUUGUGUGCCAGUCAUGGUACAAAGCAAGCCUUCAUCCUUCAUGCUGGCAAAUCAUUAAUUUUCAAAAAAUUGAAAGUGGUCCUUUGUCUUGGUACUUUUAUGAUGGAAUUACAACUGAAUUUAUUAAGUCCAUAAUUAAUCGAAGCCGUGGAAAUGCUACUGCAGUCUGGCUACCUGACGACUGCACUGAGGAGGCAUUAAGAUAUAUUGCAGACGAGUGCCCUGCCUUGAAGGCUCUGAUUCUGUCAGGGAAUCUAUGUUACAGGUAUUUUCCGGUUAUUCCAGAACUCAUAAGUAAGUGGAAAAAUCUAGAGCAGCUGAGACUCGGUCGCCUUAGUAACAUGGAGAGAGUGUUUGAAGAAAUCAACUGUCACUGUAAGAAUUUUUAUUGGUUAUGUGCUUUUGGAGCCAAUAUUGAGAGGGAUACAGCAUCAGCCAUUGUCACCUUUCUUCCAAACAUUAAGUAUUUGUAUAUGAGGAAAGCAAACAUUGAUCGGGAGAGUUUAGAGAUGAUUCUGCAGGUCUGCAAGGAGCUUGUGCUUUUGGAUGCCAGGGAUUGUGUAGGUUAUGAAUGUGAUGACCAGUUACUGAAGCUUGCUUCACAUAUUAGUAAUUUCCAGCACGAAGGUUCAACGCUGUUUGAUUAUGAAGACUAUUGGGGACCCAAUGAACAUGACAGUAUUUAUGAUGAUUACCUUUCUGAUUAAGUGGGUUACAUUAAUAAAGGUCCUAUUUAGUAUUUAAGUAGGGGAAAUGCUAACGAGUGCCCUUAGGGCACUCGUUAACAAUCCAGUUAAAGGCUAUUUAUGUUUACUAUUUAAGUUUUACAUUUUCUGCAUCAGUUUGAAUGUGCAUAUGGUGAUAUGGGUGAAUUAGUGACAUUUGGGUGGUGUUUGGAGUUGGUGUUGGGUUUUAUGGAGUGGUGUUAUGCUAUUAAAUUUUUGGCAUUAGCCUAUUUCAUGACUCUAAUUGUAAUGAAUUCAAAUUUGUUAUUGUAUUUGCAACCUUGUAAAGGUCUAUCUUUAA